AUGGCGUCUCAACUAUUUCUCAAAGGACGAAGUGUCACGACUAUGAGGACUAUCAGCAAUCAGACGCUUCGCUCGCAUCUAGGUCCAGGUCAAAAGCGUUCUUCCGUGUCGUGGACUUCGAACAUGAUGGAGAAGACGAAGAGCUCCAUGAAGGAUUCACCGUUACCGUGGUGGCUUUUCGGAACUGCAGGCUUGGUUGCAACAACACUCACUGUUGGCGCUGCUGCACGGCUCACACGAACUGGAGCAUCAAUGCUGUACUGGAAACCUCAUUUCAUGCACUCACCAAAGACUGAGAGUGAAUGGCAUGACGAGUUCAACGUUUAUCGUGACUUCUGUGCUCGAUCUCAGCGCACUCCACUGACGCUUGAGGACUUCAAGCGCAAUUACAAGUGGGAAUCAGCUCACCGCAGACUCGGCCAAUUGACAGCUCUCACGUUCGUGGGUCCCCUGACAUAUUUUGCAAUGAAGAAAAAGAUUCCGGUUCCAGCGCAAGCUCCUCUAAUGUUAGUUGCAGGUCUUGGGGCUACCCAAUUAUACAUUGGUCGACAAAUGGUGGAGAAGAAUGUUAGACGUGGUGGCAAAGACAGACAUGACGACAAUGCCACGUUUGAAGGAGCCACUUUUUUCCUUCCAAUUCACUCGGCAUUAUCGCUCGCAAACUUUUCUCUUCUUGUUUGGACCGGACUUGGAAUGAUAUCACCAGUCUCACGAGCAAUUACAGUGCGUGGACUUAUGACGCCUGGUAUGUUGAAUGAAGUGGGCACGCUACGCAAGCACUUUAUGGUCUUGACAGGAUUGGCUGCCAGUACGAUCUUUGCGGGCUCUUUGGUGGCGGAGAUUGAUGGUGGACGUGAGUUUCAAACGUUUCCGAAGAUGGGCGACAGUUGGAUCCCACAUGGUCUUUUUGAUCAGCAGCCAUGGGUCCGCAAUUUCCAUGAUAAUGUCGCGCUAGUGCAGUUGGACCAUCGGCUACUGGCUCUGACGACUCUUGCCGCUUAUACAGCAGUAUACGUGAAAGCUCGCAAGCGCAAUGUCUGGUCAAGUCUUCCAGAAGACGCAAAGCACGCGAUGAAUUUGGCAAUGGUAGCUACUGGUGGUCAAGUGGCGAUGGGUGCAACGAUGCUUGUAAAUGAGGUACCGACACCGUUGGCUAUGGUACACCAAGGUGGUGCAGCUCUGGUACUGGGCUCAUCAUUGUGGGUCCUCCAUGCGCUACGCUUUGCUCGUCCUGGAGGUCUAAUGGCAGCUACAAUUUCUGCUGCCGCCUCCAAGGUCACGUGA